UGUCUUAUUGGGAAGUCUUCACUUCCUCUCACAUAGUCAAGCAGGAAGUAAGAAGAAAUCCCUCCAAAGUGAGUAAAUCCUUGAUUGUCACCAGGUUCCCCAGAACUAGUGUCCCCUCUAGUACUGUUCUGGUAACGACCCAAAAUAGAGAGGCGCCAACAGUAUGCACCAGGGGCGGACUGACAACUCAUGGGGCCCCCGGGCAAUAGGGGAUCAUGGGGCCCCUGUGUCCUUGCCCAAACUCAAAAAAGCCUAUGAAAAAGGUACCAGGGGCAUCUCAUGGGGCCCCCUACUGACCCCGGGCCCUCGGGCAGUGCCCGAGUUUCCAACUGGUCAGUCCGCCCCUGGUAUGCACAGCGCUUUACAA